CCCCAGAACAGCUCGCUGGUGCCGCCGCCGCCGCCGCUGCUGCCGCCGCCGCCGCCGUUGCUGGUGCUGCUCCUACGGCAGUCCUCGAGGAGCGUCCCCGCCUGCGGGACUGAGAGCCGGAGAAACAUUAAAACAAGGUUUCCUAAAAGGUUGCAGCAGUUGCAGUGACAUGGACAGCAAAGGUAAUUACACACCCUGCAGAGCUAACCCAGGACCCUUGCCUGAACUGCCGAGCAGAAAAUGACUCAGAGAAAUGGAACCAGAGGGACGAGUGAUCACCUCCUCCACUCGGAGGCCCCCGGGGUUCGUGAGCAGGCCAACGGUAUGGAGCGCGAGAAAGUUCGGGAGGCCCACGACUGUCAAUCCGAGGAGAGGGGGCAGGGAGGAGAAAGCAGAGACUCCAUGGCUGUAAAGGGGGCCGUCACAGCUCCAGACGGUGGUUGGGGCUGGGUGGUGCUGGUUGCCACCAUCCUGGUCCUGGCUUUGACCCUGGCCUUCCCCUCCUGCGUGGGAAUCUUUUACACCGACUUGCAGAAUGAGUUCGACGCCACCAACAGCGAAACCUCCUGGGUGCCCUCCAUCAUGACUUCAGUGCUUCAUGCAGGAGGCCCCUUUUGUAGCGUGUUGGUGGAGAGACUUGGCUGCCGAGCCACAGUCAUGUUUGGCGGAGUCCUGAGUGGGCUUGGAAUGGCUGCCAGCUCAUUUACCCAGUCCAUCACCCAGCUUUACAUCACGGCCGGCAUUAUUACAGGGCUUGGUUUCUGCUUCAGCUUCCAACCCGCUGUGACAAUCCUGGGACACUACUUUGUGCGUCGCCGUGCGUUUGCCAACGCCAUGUCCUCCACAGGCACAGCCCUGGGACUGUCCACUCUGCCUUUCCUGGGGAACUACCUCCACACGGAGCUGGGCUGGAGAGGAAGCUUCCUUGUCCUGGGGGCCGUCCUGCUUAACUGCUGCGUGUGCGGAGCGGUGAUGAGGCCCCUCCAGCACCCCAAGCAUCGAGGCCAGCCCCUGAUGAACCACGGACCCCCUCCACCAGAGGAGGAAAAUGUGAGGAAGAAAAAAGGGAGGGUGGGGGGGGUAUGGAGCUGCCUGGUGGCUACCCUGAGCAAACACAUGGCCUUUGAUCAGCUCUGCAACAACUCGCGCUACCGUGUGUAUGCCAUAGGCAUCACCUGGAUGAUGCUUGGCUUCGUGGUGCCCUUGGUGUAUCUGGUUCCCUACGCCACGGCAAACAACAUUGAGCAGGGCCGGGCCGCGCUGCUGCUCUCCAUCCUGGGUAUCGUUAACAUCGUGGUGCGGCCACCCUUUGGCAUCAUCGUCAACAUGCCCUGGUUCAAAGGGCGACACGUUUAUGUAUUUGCCUCAGCCUUGCUGGUCAACGGGCUCAGCAACAGUAUCUGCUGCAUCGGGCCCAGCUUCCCUGUACUGCUGACUUACGUGGUGAUCUACGGGCUGUCCAUGAGUGUGGUGGGCUCCCUGAUGUUCACUGUCCUCAUGGAUAUCGUGGAGAUGAGCCGCUUCCCCUCAGCCCUCGGCCUGCUCGCUAUCAUGGAGAGCAUCACGCUGCUCAUUGGGCCGCCACUGGCAGGAGUCCUGGUUGACAGCACAGGCCAGUACUUCCACGUCUUCUUUGCCUGCAGUGCCGUUGUUGCCUCAUCCGCCGUGUUCCUCAUGGUGUCGUUUUACUGGCUAGAUAAGAAAGAGAGGAAGGCGUCCAAGCCGGUGGGCACCGCGCUGCCCGACCCAGCGAGACCUGCUGCUGAAGUAGCUCCUGGCUGUCAGUACAGCAGUGUGCCCACAGAGGGAGACAAAGACAAGGCCCCGGCUAACGGGGCAGAGUACAUCACCAGCCUCUGAACCUGCUCACGCUGUGUGUUACCCUUAACACGGAUCGCAGGCGCGGUCAGAAAGGUUUGCAAAUUACUCCUAAUGUUUGCGCCGGCUUGCUCGGUGUGUCAGAUGUUGCAAAGUUUACUUUUCUGUGGUUGAAAGGGGACACACCUGACCGGGUCUGAGUAGUCCCAGAGUGAUGAGCUCCUGCCAUCUGGUACGCCAUAAAAGUCAAAACAAGUACUAUAAAUAAUUUGCACUGUUUGACCAAGGUUGGGACACUUGAUCCUGCAUACCAAAAUGAACAGAUGUGCACUUACAACUACAAUGUGACUGUACUGUUUAUUGUAAAAUCGCUGCUGAUCUCACCUACACGGUCACACAAUCUAUCACACAUGAGGUAUCUCACUUUAUCAAGCCAAGUUGCAUACAUGACCCUUUGCUAAAGAAAUCGCGGAAAAUCGUUCCCAGAUGUUUGCUGGAGCUAUGUUUUUGAUGGGUUAUCAGCGUUUGACGAGGUCACAGACACAGAGAAUGGGCCUGAGCAGAUUAACUAGUAUUGAACAAUGAUUCGGCAGGCCAAGCCAAGUGGUUGUGAUCAAAUAACAAGGAAACUGAGCAGUAAAAUCAAUGGGUGAAAUCAAGGCGGUGAAAACACAGAGGAAUUCAUUAUUAAGGAAAACGCUGGUGUUUGAUUACUUUUCUCAUUGUCAGAAAUUCCCCAGAACAGUGCGUUAGUGAGCGUGCUUGGAUUAACCCGACAGAGGCCCCCCGGGGCAAAACUGAACCCUCCAUUCCACCCUAUACAGUGCACGUCACACUACACGGCCAGUCCCAGAUCCCAGCAGUACUAUCGUGCUGGAUUACUACAUGGCCCCAAACGUGCAUUGUGUAAAAUCAAAUUGUGGUAAUUUAAUUACAAGAAAAUGUAUUUAGGAAUGUCCUCCUUGUGAGCGUGAACUGAUAUAAAGAUUUGAAUACUCCUCGGUUCAGUGCCUAAAGUUUAGUUAAUACUAGUUGACGUUGGGUGUGCACCAAAACACGAGUGUUUGUGCCAGUUGAGCACGGUUCCCACUCCAUUUCCAUUCAGACAAAACCAGCACAUGCCUCCUCUGGUGUUUGUGCAUGUAAACGAAGCAUCGUAAACCACACAGAUAAAAUAAAAAAA